AUGCUGUCCUCCAUCCACCGCAAAGUCUCGGCGCUCGUCCACCCCUCUUCCCCCUCCACCGCCAGCCUGCCUGCCCAAACUCGCUCUCUCAGCGAUACUAAGUGGGAUAUCACGAUCACCUUCAAAGGCGCCAAGGACCUUCCUCGAGGUGACCUGCUGAGCUCUGACCCUUUCUUGGAGGCUUACCUUGGCCCACCUGAGGACAAGGCCUCUCUUUCCUUUGUAACGGGUGUUGAAUGGGCAACGCUGAACCCCAAUUGGAACGCCACCUGGAACCUGCUCAAUGUGAUGGAUGGGAUGGAGCUGCAGAUCCAGGUCAAGGACAAGAACAAGAUGAUGGCCGAUACUGAUCUCGGUCAUGCGUCGUUCGUCCUUGGAGCUCAUCUUGACGGUACCCGGGAACAUUUUAUUGAUCUCUGGAGGCCGAGUGGUCGUCGUCAAGGUCAACUCCUCAUCGAGACGACUGCAAUCAGGAGCUUUGGUGCAUCAGCUGAAUUGAAGGGACCAUCGACCAAGGGCCCAGCUCGCUACUCUCGACACACUAGUUACGCCGCAGGAGUCUUGACAAAGGACAAGAAGCUCGAGUUUUAUGCCUACCGCAUCCGUCUGUACCACCUUGCCGACAUAUUUGGAAUAGACUCUGAGCGUUACCAAGGCUGGAACCGCGACUACGAUGCCAGUCAGCGUAUCUUUGCCCAAACGCUUGAUGGCCAAAACAUCCGCAACGCCCUGCACUCUCAGCACGCUCUGUUGUACCGUCACGGACGGGGCACGAUUUAUGGUGCAGUGGCAACGGCAAACGACCUUGGCGAGUUGCUUCAUGGCGAUCGGUGGAGGAAGAACCCUGGUCAAGAUUUGAAGACGUUGGUUUUCACCUACAGUAUUGUCCCCAAGGGCAUGUAUUUCUCUGAGACCGGAACAGCAUUCUUUCAAGAUUUCAUGUCGAAGCAUGCGAUGCACGCCAACCGCGCAACGGAGGUGCUGUUUGCGGGAGAGUUUAGGUUGUACAAGGAUGAGCUCCACAACAAUGACUGGACGUUGUUGAUCGACAACAACUCGGGCACAUACGCGCCUAGCAAGGACGAGCUCCAUAACGUGCAGCUGUUGUUCCAGCUCAAUUUUCCGGACCUGGUGGUGAGGGCUGUGGACAGAGAGGAUCCGUAUUUGAAGGAGCUUGUUGAGGCAACCAAGAAGGCUGAGGCAGUCCUUGCUUCGCAACAGUCGCAACCGAUGGCGCUCUUUGGAGCCAAUGUUGGUUCAAGCGAGAAGGAGUUCCUUUUGUCUCACAACCAAGCCAAUCACCAAUGCGAGUCCUAG